CUCUCUUAGUCUCGUUCAUUUCUCUCUCACGAGAGCCUCGCCGUAAACUUCUUUUUUUUCUUUGGGGCUUAAAACGCCGUCGUGUGAAGCUUACUACGUUCUUCUCCUCCGUCGUUAGAUUCUCUGGGGUUUCGCUUGCUUCUUGUUCGUGUCUCAGCUUCGAUUUGGGAUUUCCUUGAUUCGAUUCGAGAUGGGAGAUUCUCGAAACGGUAAUGCACGAGCUCCUGCUGGAGGGCCUCCGAGAGCUGGGAAUACCUACGAGAUUGAUAUCAAAAACUUCAUCUCUCGUACAAAAGCCUUGUAUGCACACUGGAAUGAGCAUAAUGCAGACCUAUGGGGAUCCGCUGAUGCUCUUGCUGUAGCUACCCCUCCUGGUUCUGAAGAUCUGCGCUACUUGAAGUCGUCCGCUUUGACUACUUGGCUUUUUGGGUAUGAGUUCCCUGACACAAUAAUGGUUUUCACCUCGAAGAAGAUCCAUUUCUUGACUAGCAAGACCAAGGCAUCUGUACUUGAAGUUGUGAAAAAACCUGCGCUUGAUGAGUUGAGGAUUGAUGUUGCUAUUUAUGUGAAGGCUAAAGGUGAGGAUGGAACAGGGCAUAUGGAUGCCAUAUUACGUGUUAUCAGUGAUUUACCGGUGGGUAAUGGAAAGGGGCCCCAAGUGGUAGGAAACAUUACUCGUGAAGCUCCUGAAGGUAAGCUUCUGGAGACAUGGACUGAGAGGCUAAAGAAUGCAAAAUUUCAGUUUGUUGAUAUCACUGCGGGGUUGUCUGAUCUCUUUGCUGUUAAAGACGGAACUGAAAUUAUUAAUGUGAAGAAAGCUGCAUAUCUAGCCUACAGCGUGAUGAAAAAUGUUGUUGUUCCAAAACUUGAGAAUGUCAUUGAUGAGGAGAAAGAUGUCACCCACUCUUCAUUGAUGGAUCUCACCGAGAAAGCAAUAGUUGAGCCAACGAGAGCUAAUGUGAAGCUGAGGGCAGAGAAUGUUGACAUAUGCUACCCUCCGAUAUUUCAAAGUGGAGGCAAGUUUGAUCUCAAGCCUAGUGCUGCAAGCGAUGAUGAAUUGCUCACUUAUGAUCCAGCCAGCAUCAUUAUAUGUGCUGUUGGUGCUCGGUACAAUAGUUAUUGCUCUAACGUUGCCAGGACGUACCUAAUAGAUGCAACUCCUCUCCAGAGCAAGGCUUAUGAGGUUCUUCUCAAGGCACAUGAUGCUGCUAUUAAUGCUCUGAGACCAGGGAAAAAAAUAAACGCUGUUUAUCAAGCUGCCUUUUCUGUGGUUGAAAAAGAAGCCCCUGAGUUGGUUGACAAGCUAACUAAAUCUGCUGGGACUGGUAUUGGUAUCGAGUUCAGGGAGUCGGGAUUGAAUAUUAAUGCAAAGAAUGACAAAGUGUUGAGAUCAGAGAUGGCGUUUAAUGUGUCUCUAGGUUUCCAAAACUUGGAAUGUGAGAUGGAGAGCCGCAGCAAGAAUAAGAAGUUCUCACUUUUGCUGGCCGACACUGUUAUUGUUAAAGAGCAGGGUCCUGAUAUUUUGACUAAGUGCUCUAAAUCUGUUAAGGAUGUGGCUUACUCGUUCAAAGAGGACGAAGAAGAAGAAGAGAAACCCAGGAAGAAGUCAAGGUCCAGCGGUCCUGAGAACUAUAUCACCAAGACAGCUCUUAGAUCAGAUGAUCAUGUGGUGUCUAAAGAAGAGCUGCGUAAGCAGCAUCAGGCAGAGCUUGCCCGCCAGAAGAAUGAAGAAACUGCCAGAAGGCUUGCCGGUGAUAGUUCCGGUGUUGGAGAUCGCCGGUCCACUGCAAAGACUUCAACAGAUUUGGUUGCCUACAAGAACGUUAACGAUGUGCCUCAACCUCGGGAUUUGAUGAUCCAGGUUGAUCAGAAGAACGAGGCGUUAUUGUUACCAAUCUAUGGUAGCUUGGUUCCGUUCCAUGUGGCAACGAUAAGAACAGUCUCAAACCAGCACGAUAGCAACCGGAAUAACUACAUCCGUAUCAUCUUCAAUGUCCCUGGUACACCUUUUACCCCUCAGGACUCGAACACUUUGAAAAACCAGGGUGCGAUUUACCUGAAAGAGGUUUCAUUCCGGUCCAAGGAUUCAAAGCAUAGUAGUGAAGUGGUUCAGGCUAUUAAGACCCUGAGAAGGCAAGUUAAUGCUCGGGAGUCUGAGAGAAUUGAAAGGGCGACACUGGUGACCCAAGAGAAACUUCAGCUUGCAGGAAACAAGUUCAAACCCCUGAGGUUGUCUGAUUUGUGGAUCCGUCCGCAGUUUAGUGGUCGGAAGAGGAUUCCUGGGACACUCGAAGCUCAUGCCAAUGGUUUCAGAUACUCAACAACUAGGCAAAAUGAGCGGGUAGAUGUCCUCUUUGCAAACAUAAAGCAUGCGUUUUUCCAGCCUGCUGAGAAGGAGAUGAUCACAGUCCUGCAUUUCCACUUGCACAACCACAUCAUGGUAGCAAACAAGAAAACAAAAGACGUCCAAUUUUAUGUGGAGGUGAUGGAUGUUGUGCAGUCUUUAGGCGGUGGAAGGAGAUCAGCCUAUGACCCAGACGAGAUUGAUGAAGAACAGCGGGAGCGAGCUAGAAAAAAUAAGAUCAACAUGGAUUUCAAUAAUUUUGCAAGCCGGGUCAAUGAUUUGUGGCAACAACCCCAGUUUGCAAGUUUGGACCUUGAGUUCGAUCAACCUCUGAGAGAGCUUGGUUUCUAUGGUGUCCCGUAUAAGACAAGUGCUUUCAUCAUCCCUACCUCAAGCUGCCUGGUUGAGAUCACUGAAAUGCCCUUCUUUGUGGUCAGUCUAAGUGAGAUUGAGAUUGUGAAUCUGGAGAGAGUUGGGUUUGGGCAGAAGAACUUUGACAUGGCCAUCAUCUUCAAGGACUUCAAGAAAGAUGUUCUGAGGGUUGACUCGAUUCCCACCAGUUCUCUAGAAGGAAUAAAGGAGUGGCUUGAUACCACAGACAUAAAGUACUACGAGAGCAAGCUGAAUCUGAACUGGAGACAGAUCCUUAAGACUAUCACGGAUGAUCCACAGAGCUUUGUAGAGGAAGGAGGAUGGGAGUUUCUUAACUUGGAUGGAAGCGACUCAGAAUCUGGUGGCUCUGAGGAGUCAGACAAAGGGUAUGAGCCCUCAGAUGUAGAGGUUGAGUCUGAGUCAGAGGACGAGGAUUCAGACAGCGCGUCACUGGUUGAGUCAGAAGACGAAGAUGAAGAUGAUUCAGAGGAAGAGUCGGAGGAAGAGAAAGGUAAGACUUGGGACGAGCUGGAGAGAGAAGCUACUAAUGCAGACAGAGAGCAUGGAGCUGAGUCAGACAGUGAGGAAGAGCGGAAGAGAAGGAAGAUGAGAGCGUUUGGGAAAUCGCGGCCUGGAACCAGCGGUGGAGGAAGUGGUAGAAGCAGUGGUGGAGGCGGUAGCAGCAGCAUGAGGAACAUGCCACCUGCGAAACGCAAGCACAGGUGAAAACCGAUUACAAAAAUAUCAAGUUCUGGUUAUCUUAUUGUUCCCUUAUUAGGUGAAACGAAGUCGAACAUUUUGCAUGGUUAAUUUUAGUGUUCUUUUUAUUUGGUUGGCAAACAUAUUCUAGUGUUUUCUUUCAUGGUUUAAUGAAUCAGAGGCUUGUAUUAUAUAUCAAACACUGCCUAAGAUAAUUAUCAAUUCUGUUCCUAGAAAACUAAAGGACCAGUAUG